AUGACCUUUGUUGUAUCGGCAGGAAGCGGAUCGGGGCCGCGUAAACCUGGCUGCGGAACCGAGAUGGUCUUGGCACUGGCGGGGAGGGGUCAGCGCGUGUUGGAGAAAAAGUAG